UGGUGGCUGCAGGGACUCCGGCGGCUGCGGGACUCCAGGCAGCGUGAAGGUUUACUGCCUCCACCGAAGGCCGGGCCGGUGGCCGGCAGCAGGUAGGGGCAGCCGGUCUGGGUCGGAGAUCCAGUGGCAACAAGGAAAGGAGAGCACACCUGCCCAGGACCGGGUACUAGACAGCGGAUUUUGCGCUCGACUUCCCAAAAGGGUGUCGGGUCGUUUGGGCGCAGGGGCUCGGUUAUAAGGACUCUGAACUAGGGGACGAUAUAUAUACUUUAUAAGAAGACGAGUUUCUCUGUAACGACUCCGGACUAGGAGGCACUUCCAUUUUAAGGAUAGUGGGUUUGGGAAUCGACGUUUCACUUUGUAGGGGAGGGCGUGUAGGACGCCCUCUUAAAGCUUCCCUCCACCCUCCUCAUGGCGCUACCUGGCUCACAGGACCAGGCCUGGAGCCUGGAACCUCCCGCUCCCACGGCCCCUACCUCCUUGUCCUCGGGCUCCCAGGAGCAGGAGAGCGCCGGGAGCCCGAUAGUAUCCCGGGGGCUUCCCUUGGAGAAGGUGAAGCGACCCAUGAACGCGUUCAUGGUGUGGAGCUCCGCCCAGCGCCGCCAGAUGGCGCAGCAGAACCCGAAGAUGCACAACUCGGAGAUCUCCAAGCGCCUGGGCGCGCAGUGGAAGCUGCUGGGCGAGGAAGAGAAGCGGCCCUUCGUGGAAGAAGCUAAACGGCUCCGGGCCCGGCACCUGCGCGACUACCCCGACUACAAAUACCGGCCCCGGCGCAAGACCAAGAGCUCGUGCGCCAGGUCCCCCUACUUCGAUCAGGGAAGCGGCAGCGUGGCUGGUGGCGGGCCCGUCUGGGCGACCGGGUACGCGACCACGCAGGGGAGCAGAGGCUUUGGGUACCAACCCCCCAACUACUCGACAGCUUACCUGCCUGGCGGUUACAGCUCUUCCCACUGUAAACCGGAGGCCCCCUCGCCGUGCUCUCUCCCUCAGAGUAACCCUAGGCUCCAGGGGGAGCUGCUCCCCACCUACAACCCCUACCUACCCCCAGGCUCUCCCACUCUGUACAACCCUCCCCUCACAGGGGCCCCCACGCCCCUAACCCACCUCUAACCCUCAUGGACAUGGGCCUCCCAGAAAGGUUUCCAUCCUCCUUUUCCACCCAGAACCACCCUCCACCCCAGGCUGCAAACCCUUUUUUAGAACUGUUGACCACAGUCCAGAGGAGGUGGGCAGUACCCCCUCAAACCCCCAAACUCCAGGGGAACACAACACUUAUAUUUUUGUAGGCCAAACACAGUUUUGUAUGAUUAAA